UCAUUACGCGUUCUAACGGGCGGACUUUUUCAAAAUGGAGGAAAGGCAAACAUUUUGGAGGGGAAUACAAAUAUACAGACUAAAUGCAUUUUUAUACAUCAUGCUCAAGUCAAAACAUCUCACAUUUACGGAAAAAUAAGGAUAUUUUGGACAGAAUUACCGAAUCGUCGGACUGAAGAGGUUAUGAAGUGAAAAUGAGUGUCUCAAUCGGUGACAAAAUUGAGGACUUCAAGGUUCUCACCUUGUUGGGUAAAGGCUCUUUUGCAUGCGUGUACAGAGCAAAAUCUGUAAACACAGGCUUGGAGGUGGCAAUCAAAAUGAUUGACAAGAAGGCCAUGCACAAAGCUGGCAUGGUGCAGAGAGUCAUUAAUGAGGUGGAGAUUCAGUGUCGGUUAAAACAUCCGUCGGUUCUUGAGCUGUACAAUUACUUUGAGGACAGUAAUUAUGUGUACCUGGUUCUGGAGAUGUGUCACAAUGGGGAAAUGAGCCGCUACCUGAAGGAGAGGAAAAACCCUUUUACAGAGGAAGAGGCGAGGCACUUCAUGCAUCAGAUUGUGAAGGGAAUGCUGUACCUCCACACUCAUGGGAUCAUGCACAGGGACCUGACCUUGUCCAACCUCCUGCUCACCACCAGCAUGAAUAUUAAAAUUGCAGACUUUGGUUUGGCAACGCAGCUCAAGCUUCCCAGUGAGAAGCACUUCACCAUGUGUGGGACACCAAACUACAUUUCACCUGAGGUGGCUACACGCAGCGCUCACGGCCUGGAGUCGGAUGUUUGGUCCCUGGGCUGUAUGUUUUACGCCUUCCUCACGAGCAGACCUCCCUUUGACACAGACACUGUCAAACAUACCCUCAAUAAGGUGGUUCUGGGAGAAUAUCAGAUGCCCACUCACAUAUCAGCAGAAGCUCAGGACCUGAUUCAGCAGCUCUUGCAAAAGAACCCGGCCCUCAGGCCCAGUCUCUCCGCUGUGCUGGACCACCCCUUUAUGACUCAUGCCAGGCCCACUGCAAGCAAAGACUCUGGGAGCAGUGAUGGAGGGUCCAUAGACAGCGGCAUAGCCACCAUAUCCACAGCCUCCAAUGCUACCAAUAGCAGCAGCAGCAGCCGGCUACAGAGGGAAACAAGGCAGGUGAUUGGUCAGCCUUUACCCAAUCGCAUGGUGCCAAUCCCCAGCCACUCCCAUCAUUCCACCAGCUCCAGUUUUAAGAGCGGGCGAGAUUGGCAGCCAAAUUUACAAGAUGAUUUAUCAAGGAUGGGUAUAGGUAAAGUUCCCAUGGGUGCUGACAGCAGAAGGCCUCAUUCUCGCUACUUGAGACGGGCUCACUCAUCAGAUCGAUCUGGUGCUGGGUUUAGCAACACUCCACAGGAGGCGGAGCUGGAGAGAUGCCACUCUGAAGAGAUGCUUCCAGGGUCUGGACGAUUAUUUUCAUCAACCUCCAGUUACAGAAAUAUGCCCCAUGGCUACUCUGAGCAAGGGCGCCUACCUUCUCCACCUGUAAAACAGCCUGCAAAUCCGGGAUCAUCUUUCUCUACAUCCACCCAUUCAAUGAGGACACAAAUGCCUGAUUCUCAAACACAGGCCUGGUUCAGCUGCGAUGGUAAAAUUCCCAUCAGAAUUCAGAGUUUAAGCGGUAAAUCUCCACCUCCCUUUGACACAGACACUGUCAAACAUACCCUCAAUAAGGUGGUUCUGGGAGAAUAUCAGAUGCCCACUCACAUAUCAGCAGAAGCUCAGGACCUGAUUCAGCAGCUCUUGCAAAAGAACCCGGCCCUCAGGCCCAGUCUCUCCGCUGUGCUGGACCACCCCUUUAUGACUCAUGCCAGGCCCACUGCAAGCAAAGACUCUGGGAGCAGUGAUGGAGGGUCCAUAGACAGCGGCAUAGCCACCAUAUCCACAGCCUCCAAUGCUACCAAUAGCAGCAGCAGCAGCCGGCUACAGAGGGAAACAAGGCAGGUGAUUGGUCAGCCUUUACCCAAUCGCAUGGUGCCGAUCCCCAGCCAUUCCCAUCAUUCCACCAGCUCCAGUUUUAAGAGCAGGCGAGAUUGGCAGCCAAAUUUACAAGAUGAUUUAUCAAGGAUGGGUAUAGGUAAAGUUCCCAUGGGUGCUGACAGCAGAAGGCCUCAUUCUCGCUACUUGAGACGGGCUCACUCAUCAGAUCGAUCUGGUGCUGGGUUUAGCAACACUCCACAGGAGGCGGAGCUGGAGAGAUGCCACUCUGAAGAGAUGCUUCCAGGGUCUGGACGAUUAUUUUCAUCAACCUCCAGUUACAGAAAUAUGCCCCAUGGCUACUCUGAGCAAGGGCGCCUACCUUCUCCACCUGUAAAACAGCCUGCAAAUCCGGGAUCAUCUUUCUCUACAUCCACCCAUUCAAUGAGGACACAAAUGCCUGAUUCUCAAACACAGGCCUGGUUCAGCUGCGAUGGACCGUUUAAGAGGCCGGCGGACCUGAGCAGUCACAGCAGCAGUGGUAGUUUCCACUCUGGACGAGGGCCAGUCGGGACACAAACCUCCUGCGGUGACAAACCCAGCGGCCUUCACUCUCAGCAGCAACCGAACCUUUUUCCUCACAACAAUCAGGGGCCCUGCAGGGAAGAUGUGUUUGGAUCAGGACACGUGUCAGAAUCUCAAGGCUACUCGGACGCACAGUUUCUGGGUCCACCCCUCUCCAAAGGCAAAGCAAACACAGAGAAGAAGGAGAAAGUGUUCCCUAAGAAGAGCUUCCCACCACUCUGUGCUGUCAGACUCAAGCCUAUUAGACAAAAGACCAAAAACGCUGUGGUCAGUAUCCUGGAUUCUGGAGAGGUGUGUAUGGAGCUGCUGAAGGGACAAGGAACUCAGGAGAGAGUCAAAGAAGUACUUAGGAUAUCCCAUGAUGGAUCCAUGGUGAGGGACUAA